AUGCUCCAUAAGAAUCCCACUCCACCCGCCAUUGAAUUUGGCAAGAUCUUAGGUUCUCUUGUCAAAAACAAACAUCACCCAACUGUUGUUUCCCUUUCUCACCAAAUGGAAUUAAACAGAGUUACUCCUGAUUAUGUAACUCACCAUAUCCUCAUGAAUUCUCUCUGUCAAUUGGGUUAUAUCACUUUUGCUUUUUCUGUAUUGACAAAGAUUCUCAAGAGGGGUUAUCAACCAAAUGCCAUAACCUUCAAUACACUCAUCAAGGGUCUUUGUCUCAAAGGUGACCUCCAUAAAGCAUUGCAAUUUCAUGACAAGUUGCUAGCUUUGGGAUUUCAGUUGGACCAAGUUGUUUAUGGGACAUUGAUCAAUGGUUUAUGUAAAGCUGGAAAGACAACAUCAGCUCUACAAUUGUUGAGAAGACUUGACAGGAAACAGAUUCAGCUUAAUUCGGUAAUGUACACUACAAUCAUCGAUAGUCUGUGCAAAGAUAAACUUGUCAAUGAUGCAUGUGAUUUAUAUUCUGAAAUGGUUGCUAAGGGAAUUUCUCCUAAUGUUUUCACUUACACUGCUUUAAUUAGUGGCUUUUGCAUUGUUGGUAAAUUGAAAGAACCGAUUGAUUUGUUUAAUAAAAUGGUAUCGGAAAACAUCAACCCAGAUAUUAUUACUUUUAAUAUAUUGGUUGAUGCUUUUUGUAAAGAAGGAAAGGUGAAAGAAGUGCGAAAUUUGUUAGCUUUGAUGAUUAAAGAAGGCAUUAAGCCUAAUGUUGUUACUUAUACCUCUUUAAUGGAUGGAUAUUGUUUAGUAAAUGAAGUGAACAAGGCCAAUUAUAUAUUCAAGACUAUGGUCCAAAGGGGAGUGACUCCUGAUGUUUGGAACUAUAGUAUCAUGAUUAAUGGAUUCUGUAAGAUUAAAAUGAUUGACGAAGCUAUAACUCUCUUCAAAGAAAUGCGUUGCAGAAAAAUCUUUCCUAAUACAAUAACUUAUAGUUCCCUUAUUGAUGGCUUGUUCAAAUCGGGGAAAAUCGCAUAUGCUUGGGAGCUUGUUGAUGAGAUGCAUGAUAGAGGUCAACCACCGGAUAUAAUUACUUAUAAUUCUAUAUUAGAUGCUUUGUGCAAAAAUCAUCAUGUUGACAAGGCAAUUGCAUUAUUUAAAGAAUUUAAAGACAAAGGUAUUCAACCUGAUUUGAGGACAUACACAAUUCUUAUCGAUGGAUUGUGUAAAGGUGGAAGACUAAAGGAUGCACGAAAGGUUUUUGAAGAACUUUUGGUCAAAGGUUACAAUCUUAGUGUCUAUACAUAUACUGUUAUGAUCCAGGGACUUUGUAACGAAGGUUUGUUUGAUGAAGCAUUGGCCAUGCUGUCAAAAAUGGAAGACAAUAGUUGCAUUCCGAACGCUGUUACUUAUGAAAUAAUUAUCCGUUCCCUUUUUUAUAAAGAUGAAAAUGAUAAGGCGGAGAAACUUCUUAGUGAAAUGAUUGCAAGAGGUCUAUUGUAA